AUGUGCGGCCGGGCGACGGUGCUCGUGCUGGUGACGAUAGCCUUGACGACCUCUCGAACCGGAGCCAUCCCCGAAGAGGACAGCCAACUGAAAGUCGGCAGAGCCAUAGACAUAUUCACCAGAUACGGCUACUUCAGCAUAUCGAUGAAAGUGAUAUCCAGGAACGAAUCGGACUGGAUAUUCCGCGAGCCCACCAUCGAGGUGUUCACGGACGCGGAGCGCUACGCCGUGCGCCAGGAGCGCGUGCCCAAGAAGCAGAAGCGCGUCUUCGACGGCGACUUCCACAUGGAGUUCUGCGACAACGCGCGCCAGCUCGCCCAAGCCUACUUCAGGGACUUCUCCUUCGAAAGAUUAGACAAGCCGUGGAAGGCGUUCACGGCGUCUUGGGCGCCGGAGACGCUGGCCAAGAACCUCGGCAUCAACGCUUCCUUCGUGGUGAAGGAGCACUGCUACGUGCUGGUGCGUUUGUCCAGGUUCCACGAUGUCAUCAAGCUGGAUAGGAUGCCGAGCAACAUCAAUUUGGCGGACGUCGUCGCCAGGGAAAUCGACAAAAUUCGUAUCGGCGACGUGGGCGGCGUGCUCAUGUUCAUCAGGAAAUACGGAUCUCACUAUAUACAUUCGUACGUUACUGGGAAUUCCUUGUAUCAGGUGUUUGUUUUCAACAAAACGAACUACCUAAAGAUGAAGGAGCGACUGAAGCGACAGGGCAUAGCGCAGAUAAACAAUUUGGAGUUGACUCACUACUUCAGUCCGUGGUACGCGGAGCACAUGGGGGCGAUCAAAGUGGCCAGCGGGAACCGAUCCGUGGCCAAUUGGUCAUCGUACAAAUUGAAAUACAACUACUCGAUGUUCGUGUAUCCAUCUCUGCUCAAAAUACACGGGGAUCCGCGUUUGUUGAGCAGGCUGAACGGGCUGCUGGGCAACGAGGCGAUAUUGGAGUUGCACAUGAACACGCUGGCGCCCGCCUUCAAGGACCCGCUGAAGAGGCUGUGGUUCGAGGAGGUGCUGGAUAAUUUUUUGAAGUUGUGGGAGUCGAAUUUGUAG